AUGAGGCUUUUUGUUCACAGGAAUGAUUGUUGCCAUAAUAUAAAGGAAAAUGUGCUGAAUGAAAGAAUAGUCUCCCGGGAUUUGGCCAUUGGAAUGAUUUUCUUAUCACAGACUGUAGUUGGAAUCCUGAGCAAUUUCUCUCUUCUUUACCAUUAUCUCUUUCAUUACCACAUUGAACGCAGGUUGAGGUCCACAACUUUGAUUCUCCAGCACCUGACUAUAUCCAACUCCUUGGUCAUCCUAUCUACAGGAGUCCCUCAGACAAUGGCAGCUUUUGGGCUGAAACAUUUCUUCAAUGAUUUGGGAUGCAAAUUUCUUUUGUAUGUUCAGAGAGUGGGCAGGGGUGUAUCCAUUAGCACCACGUGUCUCUUGAGUGUCUUCCAGACCAUCAUGAUCAGCCCCAUGAACUCUAGUUGGAAGACACUUAAAAUAAAAGUUCCAAAGUACAUUAAUUUCUCCAUUUCCCUCUGCUGGAUCAUGUAUAUGAUGGUAAAUUUUAUUUUUCCUAUGAAUGUGUCAUAUGUGUCUGGGAAAUGGAGUAGCAAAAACAUCAGAAAGAAAAGGGAUUUUGCUUACUGUUCCCUUUCCAGUAAUGAGACAAUCACAGAUUCACUGUAUGUAGCAUUAAUAGUAUUCCCUGAGGUUUCAUUUUCUGUAAUCAUAAUCUGGGCCAGUGGCUCUAUGGUUUUCACUCUGUACAGGCACAAGCAGCGUGUCCAACACAUUCACAGCACUAAUGUUUUCCCCAGAUCCUCCCAUGAGUCCAGAGCCACCCAGAGCAUCCUUGUCCUGGUAAGCACCUUUGUAUCUUUUUAUUCGGUCUCUUCUAUCUUCCACAUUUGUAUUGCUCUUUUUUAUAAUCCCAGUUGGUGGUUGGUGAACACCGCUGCCAUAAUUUCUGCAUGUUUUCCAACUGUCAGCCCCUUUCUGCUUAUGAGCCGUGACUCCACUGUAUCCAGGCUCUGCUUUGUGUGA